CUGAAGGAAGAGGCUGCGCGUUUAGAAAGAGGAAGGGGAGGAGUCGCUGCUGUAAAGGGAAGUUGAGUUUGAGGGAGGGGGAAGCUAUGUACUGGGCACAGAGACUUGGCACUGACAACAACACAUACACUAUCACAGGGGUACAUUCUUCUUGGGACGCCGGGCUACACGCAAGGUACAGAGGUUAAGCUGAGCAAAAGCUACACGGCUGCCAAGUGCCUGUCGCGCGGAUAUUACUGGCGACGGUGGGCAAUGCCGAGAGGCUCCAUCUGACGGGACCAUAUCCAGAGAUCAUUGUGUGGGGCUGCUUCACCAACCUUUCACUGCUAGUAUUAGGGCUGCCAGGGUGGGAUGCUCCGAUGGCUGUGCCUAUACUCGGCGCUGUGCGCUCUGACCCACGGCUCCUCGGCUCGCUCCCUGGAGUGGUUCACUGCUCUGGUGCGCACCGAGUAUACCGAGCCGCUGACUAACAGCACAGUGACGGGCAGCACGGAGAGCGGUCGCUAUGGGGACAGCUCGCCCAAGGAGAGCGUGCAGGGCUUAGUGGGAUACCCUCGGGACCCGUGGCAACUGGAAGGCUGUCACCCGGACACCCAGUAUAUUGUUCCAGGCAUGCCUGCAGCGGCGCCGGACUCGGAGUGGACUCGGCCCUGGAUCGCGCUGGUAGCUCGGGGCGGCUGCACCUUUAAGGAGAAAGUGUUUAACGCAGCGAACAGGAGAGCGGCCUCUGUGGUCAUCUAUAAUGAGGCGAAGAGUGGCAAUGCCACCGUGUCCAUGUCACACCUGGGAACAGGGAAUACAGUGGUGAUUAUGGUGAGCUAUCCAAAAGGAAUGGAAAUCAUGGAACCCUUGAGACGAGAUAUACCAGUAAAAAUGGUUAUAACCGUGGGAACCCGCCAUGUCCAAGAAUUCAUCAGUGGACAGUCAGUGGUAUUUGUUGCCAUUGCAUUCAUCACUAUGAUGAUUAUCUCUUUGGCCUGGCUUAUUUUCUACUACAUCCAGAGGUUCCUGUACACUGGUCCGCAGUGUGGCAAUCAGAGCAACAGAAAAGAGACAAAAAAAGCCAUCAGCCAAUUGCAGCUUCACAGGGUGAAGAAAGGAGAAAAGGGUAUUGACAUUGAUGCUGAGAACUGUGCCGUUUGCAUUGAAAAUUACAAAACCAAAGACCUUGUUCGCAUUUUGCCAUGCAAGCAUAUUUUCCAUAGGCUUUGUAUAGAUCCAUGGCUCAUUGAACACAGAACAUGUCCUAUGUGUAAACUAGAUGUCAUCAAAGCUCUUGGGUUCUGGGUGGAGCCUGAAGAGACUCCGGAUAUCCACGUGCCUGUCUCCAUUGCUGGCAGCAGCCUUUCCAUUGGGACUGUGAGCAUUACCCAGGAGGAGAACAGGAGUGAAGGAAACAACCUGCCUUCCUCUUCAACAGGAGCCUCCCUACAACAAAGUAACAGUGUCAAGGAAGAUGCCGGGGAAAUGACAGCAUUGCUAGAUGAUCCAGGCAAUGACAGUGCAGCAGGAACACACACACAAGACUCUCAUUAGCUUGCUCUUGGGAGGACACACCAACUGACUGUUGGAACUUUUUUAUGUCAGAGGUUUAUUUAUACCAUUAGGUCUUAAUUUAAAAUUGAGGAGAGCCUAGUCAAGAAUAAGGCCCUUUUCUUGUGAAGAAGUGGAACUUUGGCCUUUGAUAGGAAAGUGGUCAACACAAGUUCUGAUUGGGUCAUGUGACGUUUCAGGACCAAACGCCGACGUAAAUGGAUCGUAGUGAAUAUCUUUACGUUUUGUUCUCCACUUCAUCUCUGUAAAGCAACCUCUCGUUUGUUGUUCCUUCCAUUAUUCAUUAUGGAUUUGAACUUCUCUCACUUUACUCUGAGACACGUGGGCACUUAUUAGAGAAGGGGUACAGAUAAUGAAAAAGGGAGAUGUUUGAGACAUCAUCACUGGAUUUUGCUUUACAGGGAUAUAGUACAUAUUGUUUUCUAUGACUGGAAAUUCUGUCUCAGGUAUCUGUACGGCAGCACUUGACCUUCACUUGUAUCCAGCUCAGGAAUCAGUAGGACAGCAGUGAUGAACAAGUUGAACCUUCGUCAAUCUGGCUCAGGAACCUGUACGUGAGCAGUGAUGAACAAGUUCUUCUCUCUGGGAUCUGGCUCAGGAAUCUAUGUAACAGCACAUUCUAUUUACUAGGCUAAAAGUCAGCAGAAAUUGCACGAUUUCACAGCUGAGGAUAUGCAUAACUAAGUGCAAUGGGUUCAGUGUUUACUUAUUCAUUUUACCAAAAGCUGCUGAAUCUUUUUUUUUUUUCCCAUUUACAGUUAAAGCACGUAUUCAGUCUGAGCAUUGAGCAAAGAUAAUAAUACACAGGAUAAAGCACAAAGCUCAAGCAAAUGUAAUGGUUCCUUUCAAUAUCCUUCUGUUUAUCUCGCUAUGUUUCAAAGAAAACGUCUCAUUGUUUUGACCUUUAACGGUCAGCUUCAUACAGGGGAAAAAAUCACCUUCAUACUUUAUAUUGCCACACUGAACAUCUAGGGGGUUA